UUUCUAUCUUCUUCAAUGUAAAGAAAGUCUUUACACACCAAAGAAAAAAAAAAGAGAAAAAGAACGAAGGAAAAUAAAACUUUUGAAAUUAAGAAUAAAUGGAAGAACAUUUAAAUCCAUUAGCUGUGACUCAUCUUCUGCAACACACACUAAGAAGCUUAUGCAUCCACGAGAAUUCCCAAUGGGUUUAUGCAGUAUUUUGGAGGAUCUUGCCCAGAAACUAUCCUCCUCCCAAAUGGGAUGGUCAAGGAGCUUAUGAUAGAUCAAGAGGGAACAGGAGAAACUGGAUCUUGGUUUGGGAAGAUGGGUUUUGCAACUUUGCAGCUUCUGCUGGGGAAGUGAGCUCCGGCGAGUGUAGCCGCAGCGGGUCGACGGCUUACGGACAUAGUGAUUAUCAACAAUACCAAGGGCUUCAGCCUGAGUUGUUCUUCAAGAUGUCCCAUGAAAUCUACAAUUAUGGAGAAGGGUUGAUAGGAAAAGUGGCUGCAGAUCACAGUCACAAGUGGAUCUAUAAAGAACCUAAUGACCAAGAGAUUAACUUCUUAUCUGCGUGGCAAAAUUCUGCUGACUCAUACCCUAGGACUUGGGAAGCUCAGUUUCAAUCUGGCAUCAAGACCAUUGCCUUGAUUUCUGUUCGAGAAGGUGUUGUGCAAUUAGGAGCUGUUCACAAGGUGAUAGAAGAUUUAAGCUAUGUUGUGAUGCUAAGGAAAAAGCUAAGCUAUAUAGAAAGCAUCCCUGGAGUACUUCUUCCUCAUCCUUCUUCUUCUGGUUAUCCUUUCAUCAACGCUUCUCCUUCUGACACUUGGAAUUUCCCUGGAGUAGCUCCUCCUCCUCCGUCGCAGCUUGAGUACCACCAACAGCGUAUCUACCAUUCUGACCAGCACCACCACUUCUUGAUGGGCCACCACCAACAACCGAUGAAGAUAGCGCCGUCAAUGAGUAGCCUCGAGGCUCUUCUCUCGAAGCUUCCUUCGGUCGUACCUUCGGCGACGCAAGCGGGGUACGUCCCGUUUCACCACAGUGCUAAGGAAGAAAUGAGUCCAGAAGAUCAAAACGGCGCGUUUAGGGUUCAACGUAAUGAUUUGGUUGGUGAGGGUAGUAAUCAUGAUAAUGACAAUAAUAAUUACAAUAGUAAUAAUGAUAUUUAUAACUAUAACAAUAAUUGCAGCAAUAAUAAUUACAACAGAGAAUAAGAUCGGUGGGUUUCUUUUCUUUUUUUGUAACCAGGAUCGGUGGGUUUCUUAGCGAGGAUUAUUGAGUCUCUAAUAAAAUCUCUCUCGUUUUCGUACAAUAAGUAAUAAAUAAAAGAGAAUCGAUUGUACUAAGAGUUUUCCUAGUCUGACAAUUUUAUUUCUUAGAUAAAUAAAAAUUGUAUUUG